CCAUCAAAAGUCACUUCUAGUCACGUGGUCAAAGCUGCUCUAUUAUGAAGUCCCAGCCAAUAGGGAUGCUGCGACGUUGCUAUAGUGAGACGCUGUUGGCGUGACGUGGCGGAAGUAAGGCUGGGAAGAGUAGCUGUAUUGGGAACUGCAUGUAACUUUGCUCGUUUGGAUGGAGCUUUUGUGGUUAGUGGUUGCUGUGGUCUGUUUGUUAGCCCUGCUUUUGGCAUUGCGGAUAUGGCUAGUUUUGCGGCAGGGUCUUGAGUGCAGACCUGGUAGGAAAGGUUGUGUCAGCCUGAUGGUAGUUGCUGGUUCAGGUGGACACACGACUGAAAUAUUGAGGUUGCUGAGCAGCCUAUCCAAAUCCUACUCCCCAACACAUUAUGUCCUCGCUGAAACAGACAAAAUGAGUGAAGACAAAAUCCAUUUGUUUGAAAAUAUACGCACCUCUGGGAUUUCAAAAUCGAAAUAUUCAAUUCAUCGAAUUCCAAGGAGUCGUGAAGUCAGACAGUCUUGGAGCUCCUCUUUCUUGACCACAUUACAGUCCUUGUUCUAUUCCUUUCCAUUAACUGCUCGUCUACAGCCAGAUUUGAUCUUAUGUAACGGUCCCGGGACAUGUGUUCCUGCAUGUUUUUCUGCAUUUCUUCUCGGGGUCUUUGGCAUAAAGAAAAUAAUCAUUGUCUAUGUAGAAAGCAUUUGUCGUGUGGAAACUCUGUCCCUCUCUGGAAGACUUCUCUAUUACUUUGCUGACUAUUUUAUUGUACAGUGGCCUCGGCUACAGAACAAAUACUCCAAAUCUAUAUAUCUUGGACGAAUAGUUUAAUUAAAAAAUAAUAUACUGCUUCA